AUGCCACGAACCGUUGAUCAUGAUGAUAAGUUAAACUUGAAUCUUGACGAGUUACCUGAUAACAAGGAAGACUUUCAAUUGAUUUGGCUCGAUGCUCAUCUUGCUAAGUCAUCCGAUGCACGUAAAACCAAGAAAAUGCUUCGAAUAUUGAAUGUCAAUGCUCAGUUUUACACUGAUAUCGAUAAGUGUCUUGAAAUUAUUUUAAAUAUUCAAACAGAACAUAUUCUUCUUGUAGUCUCUGGUUCAUUAGCUCACUUAAUUUUACCUCGACUACAAAGUAUACGGUCUGUUCGUGCUGUCUUUAUUUUCUGUGAAGUAUCUGAACUUCAUUCAAAUCUUCUUGAUGAAUAUCCACGAAAAAUUGUUGACAUUUAUACAGAUCGAGAUAACUUGAUUAAAUCGAUUACUGAUACAAUGAAACUCAUUGAGAAACAAGAUAUGGUAUUUCGUAUGUUUGAUUGUAAACAAAAGUCAACACGCAAUCUUACAAAAGAAUCUGCAUCAUUUUUAUGGAAUCAACUUCUCGUUGAUGUAUUGAGAAAAAUGCCUACAGAUGAACAAGCAAAGAAUGAUAUGUUAGAUUAUUGCUCUGCUUAUUAUCGAAACAAUAGACAAGAACUUAAAAAAAUCGAAUCUUUUCGUACUUCGUAUACUCCCAAUGAUGCUGUUAAAUAUUACACAGCUGAGUCAUUUCUCUAUAAACUUCUAAACAAAGCUUUACGUACUGAAGAUAUUACACUAUUGUAUACAUUUCGUCUCUUUAUUAUUGAUCUGUGUGCUCAGCUUGAUGUUGGAAAGAAGGAAUUGAUUGAGAAAGAGAGUGAACCACUCACUUUAUACCGAGGUCAACGAAUUUCAAAAGAAGAAUUUGAAAAUUUGAAAAACAAUAUUGGAGCUCUCAUAGCUACAAAUGGCUUCAUAUCAACUUCACGUGAUGAAAAUAUUUCUAUUGAAUUUUUACAGUCAUCACUGUCUUAUUUGGAUGAGAAUAUGAUUCGAAUGCAAAUGAUCAUUAAAGCCGAUCCAAAAACAUUAAAAAAUGUGAUAUUUGCAGACGUUAGUGAUCAAAGUGUAAUUAAGUUAGAGAAAGAAGUACUUUUUUCACUCGGCGCUGUCUUUCGAAUUGAUGAAUGCGAAUUUGAUGAAACAAACUGUAUGGGGAAAGUUUUUUUAACUGCUACGGACGAAGGUUCUACGACAUUACAAUCAUAUUUAGAUGCACAAAAACAUCAACUGCAAGUGUAUUCUCCAUUGAUCUAUUUUGGACGUCUUCUGAUGGUCGAGAUGAAUGAAGUUGAACGUGCAGAAGAAUAUUUUCAGAUGCUUCUCAAAACAUUACCCAGUGAUCAUUCAGAUAUAGCAGAUGUGUAUAAUCAGAUCGGAGCAACACAUUAUAUGAAAGCCCAAACAUUAAUUGGUAGUGGCAAGGAGUCAGAACUAAGUCAAGCACUUGAGGUGUUUGAAAAAGCAUUAGAAAUGUGGCAAAAUAUGUAUGGUGAAAAUCAUAUUCGAACUGCAUUUUCGUUUAAUAAUAUAGGAUCCGUUUAUAAUGAUCGUGAGGAAUACGAUCGUGCAUUAGAUUACUAUGAACGCGGGUUACAAAUUGUGGAAAAUACUCAAUCUGAAGACAGUAUUUUUAAAGCAAAUUUGACAUGGAACUGUGGAAUUCUGAAGGAGAGAAUGGGUGAUAAUGAAGCUGCACUUUCUUUGUAUCUGAAAGCUGAUGUGAUAUAUUCUCAAUAUUUACCUAUUCAUCAUCCGACUCAUAUCAAAAGUGCAUCAUGCAUUUCUCAGUCGUACAAAACAAUGGGCAAUCUACGUGAAGCUCUUCAAUAUUACAAACGAAUCUUCGAAUACUCAGAAGCAAUGCUAUUACCCUCAGACAAACCUUGUCUAGAUUCAUGGAUAAAUGUCGUUCGCUGUUGUUUGAAUCUUAAUUGUGAGCAAGAAGCGAUCACUUAUUUAAAUCGAGUGUUGAAAAUGUGUGAACGAGAUUCAUCGUGUAUGCAAAAGACAUCGAAUGAAUACAUAGAACUUAUGGCAGGACUGUGCGAAGAUACCAUGAGGUUUGACCUAGCACUCAACUAUUACAAAAUAUUGCUUCAAUCAGAUACAACGAAAGUAAACGAUUUUUUAUCAACGGAAUCGAUUGAAGAUAGUAUUUACGAAAAAUCCUAUUCAAAAUCUAUAGAAUUACUCAAGUUUAGGUUAACCGCUUAUACACAAUUAUUUCCCAUAAAUGAUAAACAACAUGCAUCUUUCUUAGUGGAGGUGGGUAAAUUAUUUAAUUUUUGUCACUCAGCUAAUUUAGCAUAUCAAUGUUAUCAGCAAGCGUUCAACAUUUACGAAUCAACAAUGAUUGGUAUAGAUACAGAGGAUUUUCGAGCUUGUUGGAAACUCUUAAUCGAUAUAUACUUUGCAAAAAAAGAUAUGCGAUCAAUGGUCAAUUUAUUAGAACGAGCUCUGAAAAAAGGCAAACAAUUUUCAGAUAAUGGUUCUACAGAGAUACAAUGUUUAGAAUAUAUUGCUAAGAAAUAUGAAGCAAAUAAUGAUAGUCAUAAUGCUUUACACUAUUUAGAAAAAGUACUAAGACAUGCUGAAGCUACCAAAUCACACAAUACUAUUUUCCCUCUAUUGCAAAAGUUUCUAAAUUUUUACCAAGAAGAACAAGAACAAAUUAUUGAAAAGUACAUUCAACGUGCUGUUGACGUAUGUGAAAAGGAUCCUCUCGAAUUAAGUAAAUGUCACUGGUUAUUGUAUGAAUGGUUUAGAAAAAACGAUAUGAAAGAGAAAGCAUUAAAGUCUUAUGAAUAUUUCUUGCUGGCUACUGAACGAAAUGAUUCAUCAUCUACAGAAAUACUUGAUAAAACAUGGAUAGACUUUAUUCUAGUCGAUCGUUCGGGAGGCUUUCAAUACGGUUGUAUUGGAGAGAGUUUAAACUUAUUUUCAUUAAUGCCAGUCGGUCGACAACAUUUAUCAUCACUUCAUUACAAAAAGGCAAUCAUUCCAUGGAAAAGUGGUGCUUUGCAUGAAACGAUUAAAAUGACAAGAGCAGCACUUGAGUUAUAUUCAGAAGCAACAGAAAUUUUCGAAAAACUCAUUUACAAUCAAAAUGACACGAGAACAAAACAAGCUUUAAAUUAUCUGUUGUGCCAAAAGUAUGCGUGCGAUGAGCCGUAUAAAUCUUGUCGCUGGUUGAAGAGUGCUGAAUUAUCUUUUCUGGCAUUUUUGAGUGCUGCCAGAGAAGACGAUAAGUGGAAAUGUAUUCUUCAACGCUUGAAGAUGUUGAAAAUGAAUCAUAUAAAAAAUCAAUGGCAAUUUCAUUUAACAAUCUACGAAGCUGUACUAGACUUUCCAUUAUGUGCUAUUGUUUUUAAUGAAAUGUUUGAAGUGUGUAAUGGUCAAAUGGAUUCUGGCGAAAGCAAAACAUUAUUGGAUAUACAUUCAGUUAUUUGCUGUUUCGAAUUCAUUAGUCAUUGGUAUUUCGCUAAGGACCAUUUAGUAGAAAGUCUUCGUUUUCGACAAUAUCAACUUGAAUUAGAAUCUAAGACGUUCAAUGAUCAUCCUCACGUCGCUUGGUCAUUUUGGUUCAUGGGUUUAAUAUUUCAAAAAACAAAAGAAUACGAUUUAUCAAUUGGAUAUCUUAGACGAGCUUUGAAAAUUUUCGAACGUUUCCAUCCGCAAGAGCAUAGUGAUAUUCAAAAUCUUGAAAAAUGUAUUUCACAGAUGAAAGAUACGGCUAGUAUUACAGAUUCACCUCAGACUGGUAAAUUACUGAUGAAGAUGACAAGCCAGCAGCAAGCCGAAUCUAUGCCAAAGAUGCUACAAGGAACAUUUCAUAUUGACUAA